CCUCACACACACACACACACACACUCUUUUCAUUCACGACUCUCACUCCUCAUCUCUCUCUCUCACUGAGGCUUGGAACUUUUCAAGCUUUUGAAAAUGAGCUCUCAGCUUUUCAGAUCCGCUUCCAGAGCUGCCAGGUCCUUCCUCUCUGCUCCCAAGACCUCUCGCUUCUUCUCCGAAGGACAAGCUGUAGCUACUGCAGCAGCAGUAACCUUACGUGGAAAGGUGCCUGCCUUUGCUUCCAAUUUUGGAAGAGCUGGUUCUGAAAAUGCAUCUUGGAUUUCAGCAGCCCUCGCUGUUCCUGCUGCAGCUUACAUGCUCCUAGACCAGGAGGUUCAUGCUGCAGAGUAUGAGCGCACUUUCAUUGCUAUCAAGCCUGAUGGAGUUCAAAGAGGACUGAUUUCAGAAAUCAUAGCUCGAUUUGAGAGGAAGGGUUUCAAACUUGUAGGCAUUAAAGUAGUUGUUCCUUCAAAGGAUUUCGCACAGAAGCAUUAUCAUGAUCUAAAGGAAAGACCAUUUUUCAGUGGCCUUUGCGACUUCCUUAGCUCUGGACCUGUGAUUGCUAUGGUCUGGGAAGGAGAAGGAGUGAUCAAGUAUGGCCGUAAACUCAUUGGAGCUACAGACCCACAAAAAUCAGAACCAGGAACUAUCAGAGGUGAUCUGGCUGUUGUUGUUGGGAGAAAUAUCAUUCACGGUAGUGAUGGUCCGGAGACUGCUAAAGACGAAAUCAACCUGUGGUUUAAACCAAAUGAGUUGGUUAGCUACACCAGCAAUUCAGAGAAGUGGGUGUAUGGAGUCAACUAGUGACGUUUUUUGUUUUCUAAGAUCUUCCGGCGACGUAGAUCCCACAUGAAGAGUGGGGAAAGUAGAGAUUAUUGUUAGAAUAAAAUGUUUUCAUUGAGGUGAGUUGAAAUUGUUGCUUUUCAAUGAAUACAAUUCUUAAUGAAAUUUCAAAUAAUCCUGUUUUGGUGUCUCAA